UUCUGGAACAACAUUUACGCAUUGGUAGAGGGCUUUGAAUUUCGGUGUAAAAAAAGUCUCUAUGGACGCAAGUUAUUUUUAGGCUAGUUUGUGUCACGGUUGCAUGCGUUGACAGUCUGUUUUUAGGCAAAUAUCAUGUCAAGUUACCGUCAUACACAGUAAAGAAACGAGAAGUUAUGUAAAAAGUGCGAGGAAAUCUUUCAAGUCUCUGAGUGCGCUUAGCACACUGCAGGAUGUCUCGUGUGUGUUUCAGCAGCCCCGAAUGCUCUCAAUAGUAAAUGGCACCCUUUCCAUCCUCCCCUCCCCAAACACCCCUCUCUACCAUCAUUACCAAGUGAAUGAAGAGAGUUCGGGGAGCGCUCAGCCUCCACGAGUCUCUGCCCGUCAGUCCAACAUCAGCACUGAGGAGGAAGCGGAGGUGAGCUGCAGUUUACAGACAGUGUGUCACACGCCGGCUGAGAGUGAAAGAAAACACACCGCAUGUGAUGGCUGGGAUCUUUCUGGAAAGUGCUGACCAUAUCCACGCGGAAGAUUCUUUGCGCGCCUUUUAAGUUUUUCACUGUUGACGCGCGGAUUUUAUUUCAUUAUCUUAUUUUUUUCGGUGAAUGCAGGCCUUUUCUCAUUUGAUAUAUUGUACUGUUAUACUCAUGAAUGAAUCUGAGAAGUGAAUGAGUUUUAAAAAAAAAAACUCAUCCAAGAAGAAGAAACAUGGAUUGUUUAUUUUUUUCUUUUCUCAUAUUAUUUAUUAAAGACACGUUUGCAUUGCGUUAUGGCACCCCCAACAACCUCCAACCAUAUAUGCCUAAUGUGUGUGUGGAGAGGGAGGUGACGCUGGUAGCCCAGAGGCAGCCGUGCGUGCAGGCCUUCACACGCAUGGUUAAAGUGUGGAAGCAGGGUUGUGUGGGACAGUCGUGGUGCAUGGGAUACGAGAGGAGGACAGCGUACUACACCGCAUACAGACAAGUGUACAGACAGGAUUAUCAGACUGUGUACAAGUGUUGCCGUGGAUGGUCCCAACUCAAUGGAGAAGCAGGAUGUCUGUAUCCUGUGUGCAGCUACGGUGUGUGCUUCAACGGGGGCCAGUGUCGGGAGGGAUCCACGCAGCUCUGUGACUGUUCCUCAGGGUUUAACGGACCCAGCUGCCAGUAUGAUGUAAAUGAGUGUGAGGAGACCAAUGGAGGCUGUGAGGCUCUCUGCUGCAACACCAUCGGAAGCUUCUACUGCAGGUGUCCUCCUGGACUGAAACUCAAUGAAGAUGGCAAAACCUGUCAAGAUAUUGAUGAGUGCCAGGUCCAUAAUGGAGGCUGCCAGCACAGAUGUGUGAACACUAGAGGCUCGUACUACUGCGAGUGCAACCCGGGCUCUCGCCUGCAUGUGGACGGACGCACCUGCCUCGCAACCCAUUCUUGUGCCAUCAGCAAUGGAGGAUGUGAACACUACUGCGUGCAGCAAUCUGCCGCUCAUUUCCGCUGUCGUUGCAGGCCAAAUUACCUGCUAGCUGAGGAUGGCAAGCAUUGCAAACUGCAGAAUCCCUGUGCAGAUCAGAAUGGAGGCUGUAUGCAUGAGUGUCGGGUUGAUGGUGGCAGAGCUCACUGUGACUGUAAGAAUGGCUUCCUCCUGGCUGAAGAUGGCAAAACAUGUGAAGAUAUCGAUGAGUGUGAGACGGAAGAAGCCAACUGCGCUCACGGCUGCCACAACACGCUGGGCUCCUUCGCCUGUGUGUGUAACACUGCCUAUGAGCUGGGGUCUGAUGGGAAACAGUGCUACAGGAUUGAGAUGGAGAUCGUGAACAGCUGCGAGAACAACAAUGGCGGCUGUUCACACCACUGCCAACAUUCAACUGGUGGGCCUGUGUGUUCCUGUAACCAAGGCUACAGACUUGAUGAUGACCUUAAAACCUGUGCUGACGUGGACGAGUGUGGAGAGCAGAGCUCCUGCUGUGAACAGGACUGCACCAACUACCCGGGGGGCUAUGAGUGCUACUGCUCAGCAGGGUACAGACUCAACUCAGACGGAUGUAGCUGUGAUGAUGUCGAUGAGUGUCUGGCCAACAAUGGCGGAUGUGACCACACAUGCCAGAACAGCGCAGGUUCCUUUCAGUGUUUCUGCCGCCGGGGUUUCCGUCUGGAUGAGGACCGACAAUCCUGCAUCCCACUUGAAGAUGCAGUUGAGGCCCUGUCCAGCGGGGGAGCCAUUGAGCAGCCUCUCAUUCGCCCUCAGCUCACCUUGAUUCAUGACUACAGCCAGGCUCUGGAGCGCUACGACGACUACGAGGACGAUGAGGGGGAGCUGAGGGCCGAGAGCAACCUGGCAGAGAAAUUCGUGUGUUUGGAUGACACAUUCGGCCAUGACUGCAGUUUGACAUGUGACGACUGCUCUAACGAAGGUGGAUGCAACCAGUGGAAAACUGGCUGUGACUGCCCUGAUGGCUGGAUGGGCAUCGUCUGCAACCAGACAUGCUCUGAGGGAUAUUUUGGGAAAAACUGCUCCUUCCCCUGUAAGUGUAAAAAUGGUGCCAGCUGUGAUCCGGUCACUGGGAGCUGUCGCUGUCCACCCGGGGUCAGUGGGGACUUGUGCCAAGACGGCUGUCCUAAGGGCCUCUAUGGAAAACAGUGCAAUAAGAAGUGUAACUGCGCCAACAACGGGCGCUGUCAUCGGACCUACGGAGCCUGUCUGUGUGAUCCCGGUCUGUAUGGACGCUUCUGCCACCUCCCGUGUCCUAAGUGGACUUUUGGUGCCGGCUGCUCUGAAGAGUGCCAGUGUGUCCAGCAGAACACACUUGAGUGUCACCGCCGCCAUGGCACCUGUGUCUGUAAACCUGGUUACCAGGGUAACGCCUGCAAGGAAGAAUGUAACCCUGGUAUAUACGGAACUGGCUGUGAGAAGAAGUGCUCCUGUCCACCUGGAGUGUCGUGUCAUCAUGUCACAGGAGAGUGCCAGAGAAAAUGUCCUGCUGGUACUCAUGGAGAGAACUGUGAUCAGGACUGUCCAGAGGGCAGGUUCGGAGCAGGCUGCGUGCACGCUUGUAACUGCACCAGCGCCCCAUGUGACAAAGUGACCGGACAAUGCAAGUGUCCACCAGGAACGACAGGGGAGCACUGUGAGAACUUGUGUCCUGAAGGUUCCUGGGGUCCAGGCUGCACACAAACCUGCCCUGCGUGUGAGAACGGAGGCGUGUGUGAUAAACACAAUGGGUCCUGCAACUGUGCUCCAGGGUUUAUGGGCAGACUCUGCCACAACUCGUGCCCGAGCGGACGCUUCGGUCAAGGAUGCUCAAUGAAGUGUGUGUGCGAGAACAAUGCUCGCUGUGACCCGGUGAGCGGGCGGUGUACCUGUGCUCCUGGCUGGACCGGACACCACUGCAGGAAAGCUUGUGAUUCAGGACACUGGGGGGCCGACUGUGCAGAAACAUGCGACUGUAGGAACGGAGAUGGCAGCUGUGAUGCUGCGACGGGACAGUGCAACUGUGAGGCUGGUUACACCGGGACACGCUGCCAUCAGAAGUGCCCAGAUAGUAUGUUUGGUCUCGGCUGUCGUCAUCGCUGUCAGUGUGAUAACAAGGCGCUGUGCGAUCAUGUGAGCGGAGCCUGCACCUGCCAGGUGGGAUGGACCGGAACCUUCUGUGAAAAGCCGUGUCCUCAGAGCUUCUACGGACUGGACUGUCAGGAGAAGUGCUUGUGUCUGAACGGUGGGAGCUGUGAUCACGUCAGCGGGGUGUGUUCCUGUUCUUCUGGCUGGAUGGGUCCACUCUGCAACCUCACGUGCCCGACUGGUUCCUUUGGGGAGGGAUGUAACCAAACCUGUAGCUGCCGUAACGAUGGCAUCUGCCACCCUGCCAGCGGACAGUGUGGGUGCACGCCGGGCUGGACCGGACCCAACUGCACAGAAGAAUGCCCUGCAGGGUUUUACGGCGCUGACUGUCGGCAGCGCUGCUUGUGUCAGAAUGGAGCCACCUGCAAUAAGAGCAAUGGAAAAUGUACAUGUGCUAGAGGAUGGACGGGUGCAGCAUGUGAACUGGAGUGUGCAGUGGGACGGUUUGGGGAGGACUGCCAGCAGCUGUGUGAGUGCGAGAACGACGGUCAGUGUGACAGACAGAGCGGGCGGUGCAGCUGCAGCUCCGGCUGGAUCGGAGAGCGCUGUGAGAAAGCAUGUGAACCCGGCCUGUUUGGUGUCGGCUGUGAGGAGAGAUGUCAGUGUGUGCACGGAGCUUCUUGUCACCAUGUCACAGGAGAGUGUCAGUGUCCACCCGGCUGGAGAGGAAAACUCUGUGAUAAAGCGUGUUUACCGGGUACGUUUGGAAAAGGUUGCAUGCAUCGCUGCAGAUGCGCUCAGGGAACGUCCUGCCACCACAUCUCUGGAGACUGCGGCUGUCCUCCAGGAUUUACAGGAAAUGGCUGCGAACAGACGUGUCUUCCAGGAACAUUUGGACAAAACUGUAACCAGGUCUGUCAGUGCUCACAGACUAACCAGCUCUGCCACCCGGUGUACGGAUCCUGUUACUGCGCUCCAGGUUUCCAGGGCCCAAAAUGUGACCAAAUAUGCAAAGAGGGUCGUUACGGUCCAAACUGUGAGAGAGAGUGUCAGUGUGAAAAUGGAGGGCAGUGCACUCCUUCCACUGGAGCCUGUGCGUGUCCUGCAGGGUUCAUUGGAGCAAGCUGCAACAUCACGUGUGCAGUUGGACGGUACGGGGUUGACUGUGCUCGUGCAGCGCUGUGUGGAGAAGGAGCUCAGAAUGAUCCUGUCACUGGCCGCUGUGUGUGCGUUCCCGGACGCAGAGGAGAGGAUUGUGGGAAGGGCUGUGCUCCAGGCUGGUUUGGUGCAGACUGUGUCCAGCGCUGUGACUGCAGUAAUUGGGGAGUGUGUGACUCUUUAAGUGGAAACUGUAGCUGUGGUCUGGGCUGGACUGGUGAACGCUGUGAAAAAGAAUGCCCUGCUGGUAAAUUUGGUGCUAACUGCCAGCUGACAUGUAGCUGUCAAAACAAUGGCACAUGUGACAGAGUGACAGGGACGUGUCAGUGUGGACCAGGAUACUACGGACAUCUUUGUGAGCACGCGUGUCCUCCUGGUCUCCACGGCCCGCUGUGCCAGCUGCAGUGUGACUGUAUGAACGGAGCGUCCUGUCACCCUGUGACUGGGCUCUGCGUCUGUUCUCCAGGACAUCAUGGGUCUCGCUGCCACAGAGUGUGUGAUCAGGGUACGUACGGCUUCGGCUGUGGGAAGGUGUGCGACUGUGAGGACGACACUCCAUGUGAUCCUGUGAUGGGGAAAUGCCUCUGCUCUUCAGGGAAGACUGGAUCCAGAUGUGACAAUGACUGCAGAGUGAAUCAUUAUGGACCUGACUGUGUAGAAACCUGCGAGUGUAAAAACGGGGCACAGUGCGACACACGAAACGGCCGCUGCACCUGCAUGCAUAGCUGGGUCGGACUCUACUGUCAAGAAGGUGGACCUCCUCGCCUCACCUCCAGCAGCAGUGGCAGAGGAGAAUCACAACAUGACAACUCAUUAUAGCACCUGGAAGACUUUAAACGUGGACAGAUCAGCUUCUUUUUUACUAAAGUGACUCAUGUGAAUGAGAGCAAGUUGUAGCAGGCAGCUGGACACCUUCAUGGGGAAAAAAAAAGACUCUCUAAUGAGAACUGCUGUUUCAUGUUUGGACCUGAACGGGAUCAGAAUUGUGUUUGUGUGUGUGUGUGCCAAAGUGCUCUUUGAACUGUUGAAGCUGGUUUCAUCACCCUGACCUCGCUGGUGCAGCAUGAUUUUUUGCUAUCAAAAUGGAACAUCAAACCCUUUUCGCCAAACGAAACCCGCAGAGUGCAGUGUGAGGAGAUUGUGGUUGCAUUUAAUGCAUUUUUUUUUAAUUUUGUGUUUAAUACCUUUUCCUCAAAAUACCUUUUACAGGUGCUGUAUAUAAAAUAAUCUUUAUUUUAUUUCUUUUCCUUUUGUUUGAGGAAAGUAUUAGAAUGAGGCAUUCAUUGAAAUCAUAUUUCCAAACUACCAGUACAAUGAAGUAGUUUCACAUCCAUACAAUAUGAAGUACUUCCAAGACAACACAAUACAAUGGUGCUUUGGGACUUCAUUGUAAGAUACAACAAGGUAUAUAUAAUUAUUCUACAUUUUUGUAAUAGUAUAUUAUCACCUUAAAGCACAAAUUGUUGUUUAUAUUUAUCUAAAACAAAAGCUGGAUUUUUAUAGUUAAAUAUGAGUCACUAAAAAUGACACAGCUUGAAUUAAUCUGCACCUUUCUUGAGGUUAAAGGGCCCAUCUAAUGAAAAACAUGUUUUUCCUUGCCUAUAUGUAUAUACUUAAGUCACCCUUCAGCUUAGCAACGGAGGAUGUAGAGGUAAAAAAACACCUGCUUUGUGUACAAGGCGUUUUCAAUAGGCUCCUGUGUUGACGUUACAGAGUUAAGAUUUUAAAGGUUAGAACCAGACACACCAACUGCUCUGUUACUGUUUGCCAAAACGAACACAAUUGUCUUAAUUCUGUCUCAGCACCAGAAAACCAAAGAAGAAAGUGGUUGCUUUUUAUUUUUAAUUACAUCCCCGCUAUGCCAAUCACUUUUGAAAAGUUACACACUAAACGCAAGAACGUAGGAGUAACACUCAGAGAUUGUGGCUGCAACACUUGAACAGUUGCCUCCUCCUAUUCUGGGUCAGAUUCUGGAUCAUACGUUCAGUUUAUUGGUGGGGUUCUUCUGGAGCGCUUGCCAUGUUUGAUUUGUUUUUUUUCCACCUCUGCAUCCUUCCCUCUAACAACAUUCAGACAGCCAAUCAGCAGAGUGCCUCAUUAUCAUAUCAUCCCCGCCCCCUCAUAUCACUGCAUGGAUAGUGAGGUUAGGAACUGAGAGGCUGCAGAUCCUCCACAGAGGCUGAAUUUUUGACAUUUGCAAGAUAAUUAGGACAUGUUGUAAACAGCUAGAAAUACCAUUAUAUGGGACCUUUUUAAGAGUUUAAAUAUUUAAUUUGAGUCAAGUUUGUGUAUAAGUUGCUUCAUAUUAAUAUGUCACACAGCUGUAUAAAUUUUAAUUUACACUGUUUUAAAAUGCAAAUUUUGUUUUUACCACACAAUAAAAAGACAUUACAGUCUGCUAAUGGUAAAAAGCCCAGAUUGGAGGUCUCAUACCUGAAUGUGAAUAAAGACAGACACAUAGGA